AUGCUGCCGGACGGGACUGUCAAGGUCUUCUCUCGCAACUCGGAGGACAUGACUUCGAAGUACCCCGACCUGGCCGCCGUGGUGCCGCGCGCCACCGCCGACGGCGUCUCCUCCUUCAUCAUCGACGCCGAGGCGGUGGCCGUCGAUCGCGAGACGGGAGAGAUCCGUCCCUUCCAGGUCCUCUCCACGCGGAAGCGCAAGGACGCGUCCGUCGACAACAUCACCGUGCAAGUCUGCCUCUUCGCCUUCGACCUGCUCUACCUGAACGGCGAGCCUCUGCUGCGCAAGCCGCUCGCCGAGCGGCGCGACGCGCUCAAGGCCGACCCGACGGACGAGGACGCGAUUGCUGACUGGCUGCAGCAGGCCAUCAAGGGCAACUGCGAGGGGCUGAUGGUCAAGACGCUGCAGAGUGACGCCACGUACGAGCCGUCCAAGCGCUCCCUCUCGUGGCUCAAGGUGAAGAAGGACUACCUGCAGGGCAUGACCGACUCGUGCGACCUCGUGCCCAUCGGCGCGUACCACGGCAAGGGCAAGCGGACCGGCGUGUUCGGCGCCUACCUGCUCGCCUGCUACAACGAGGAGGAGGAGGAGUACCAGUCCGUCUGCAAGAUCGGCACGGGCUUCUCCGACGCCGCCCUCGCAGAGCUCACCGACGCCCUCCGCCCGAAGAUGAUCGACGCGCCGCCCAAGUACUACCGCACGCCCGACUGGGCAGACAACUCGAUGCCGGACGUCUGGUUCGAGCCGGCACAGGUCUGGGAGGUGCUCGCCGCGGACCUCUCCAUCUCGCCCGUCCACCAGGCGGCCGUCGGCCUCGUCGACGCCGCCAAGGGGAUCGCGCUGCGCUUCCCGCGCUUCUUGCGCGUGCGCGACGACAAGGGCCCCGAGGAUGCGACCAACGCGACGCAGAUUGCGCAGAUGUACAACGACCAGGCGUGCACCAAGGGCGCCGCCGAGCUAGAGGACGAGGACGACUACUGAGAGUUUGAGGGCAGGCUGCGCCUUGCGACAAUCUCGCGCGGAGGCCCGUCCCGCACACCCGGUGGAGAUGAACUUUAAUUGUGCACACGGGGACUCUCACUCGCACUCGUCGAUCGCCGGGGUGCGCGCGGGAGUUGCAUGUCGGGUGCGCGCUGUAUCGCCGCGCUGUACAGGGACUCAAGGCUCACCCUCUUUCAAAACAAUCGUAAGACUCUCUUUACACG